CGGGUCCGCAACGCAUGCUGUACCUCAGAGUGAGCUCAGUUGCUUUUUUCCCUUAUUAUCGUCAGACCCGUCACGGUGGUACUGCUGUAAAAUCCAAAAGUUCGCUGUUUACGUUCGUCGAUGCUAGACAGUGGAAACUAUUUCGUCACCUCGAUUUACCCCAUUUUUAUUUUUCGAUUUAAUUUAUUUUACUUUUCCAAUUUUGUUCUUCUGCUUUUUCUCUGCUUUUCUCUUCAAAGUUCUAGUGUGAUGGGAUUUUUCCUUUCUUUUCCUCCUUCUGCAGCUUUGACCUGCACAAUGAUUAAUUUUACUCUCACUUUGGAGGUAUGUAUACUCCUUAACAAUGCUCGGCAAUCAUUAUAAAAGUUUUGGUCCACCGUAUGUACCAAGGGUGCCUUGAGGGACCACAAUUCUUAGUAAGUGAAAAGUAAGAAGUGUAAGUAGGAGUAAGAGUAGAAACUAGAGGUGCGUGGCCUCCCAUUGGUAGAAGCCGGUAAGCCACCCCCCUCUCAUCCGCACAAAGCCCUCGUCGCUCAUCCCCAAUGCCAGCGCUUGCUAUUUCCCACACAAACCAGACCUGAACCCGGGCAAUGGCUUAAACGGCAUGAAUUUAAGCUCCAGUGACAACUUGGUUGACAGUCUCACAUACUUUUCCACCAUGAAUUAUGAUUCCGAACAAAGCUGGGUAAUGGCUGCGAGUUGAGUUGAACCCGGUCCCUGCUCCUACGGACUUUCGUCAGUUCCUGCAUUAGCGCCACCAAAAGCAUCCAAAGCCGAUUUUAGCUCUUCCCAGGGGGAAGGUUCCUUCUGGGCAGAUCCGAGCAACUCAAUGACCCCGAGCGUGGCCCCCCAAGACACGCCGUCGGCAAUAGUAGAUUGCUGUUCACAUCUCUUUCUUUUUUAUUUUCUUCGGGGGUAGGGGAGAGGAGAGGAGAGGAGGGGGGGCGCCAAUGGAGCGGGUUCUCCCACGCGGACGGAGUAUCUAAGCUCUGCAACAUCACGUCUUUCC